ACUAAUUUCACUACAUGCAAUAUGGCGGCGGUGAAGACCGAAGACCCCGUCGUAGAAGGGGAAGAUCUUGUCAAUGGAGAUGUUGUUGCUGAUAACCAACCAAUAGACAAUGCAGAUGUAAAUGAAGGAGAAGCCAAGAAAAAGAAGAAGAAGAAAAAGAAGAAGAAAAAUGCUGGAAGUCCUGAUGCUGAAGUCAAUGGUGAGGUGUCAGAACUGGGGGACAAACUGGAAACACAGAAGCUAGAGGAUGGGAAUGUUGACAAUGAGGACGAGGCCGAAGGAGCAGAAGAGGGAGGAGAGACUGCAACCAAAAAGAAGAAAAAGAAAAACAAGAAGAAAAAUAAAGGUCCUAAAGCUCAAACAGACCCGCCCACAAUACCUGUUGUUGAAUUAUUUCCGGAUGGCAACUUCCCAGAAGGGGAAAUUAUGGAAUACCCUACAAAACAAGAUGAUCGCACAGCAUUUAACAGAAUGACCAGUGAGGAGAAGAGGUCUCUGGACAGAAUGAAUGUUGAUCUGUAUAAUGAAGUACGGCAGGCAGCAGAGGCUCAUAGACAGACCAGAAAAUAUAUGCACUCGUAUAUCAAGCCAGGUCUGACUAUGAUUGAUAUAUGUGAAACUCUCGAAGGCAUUAGUCGUAAGAUGAUCAAUGAGACGGGCCUCCAGGCGGGUCUGGCUUUCCCCACUGGCUGCUCACUGAACUACUGUGCCGCCCAUUACACGCCCAAUGCAGGCGACACCACUGUGCUACAGUAUGAUGACGUCUGCAAGAUUGACUUUGGAACUCAUAUAAAUGGUCGAAUAAUUGAUUGUGCCUUCACAGUAUCUUUCAACCCACGCUACGAUCCCUUAAAACAGGCCGUUAAAGAUGCCACCAACACAGGGAUACGGGAAAGCGGGAUAGAUGUGCGUCUUUGCGAUGUGGGGGAGGCAAUACAGGAAGUAAUGGAAUCCUACGAAGUGGAACUAGAUGGCAAAACAUACCAAGUGAAGUCCAUCCGUAACCUGAAUGGCCAUUCUCUUGGACCAUACCAGAUCCAUGCAGGGAAAACAGUGCCCAUUGUGAAAGGAGGAGAGGCAACCCGUAUGGAGGAGAUGGAGUUCUAUGCCAUAGAGACAUUCGGCAGCACAGGAAAGGGGGUCGUCCACGAUGACAUGGAGACUUCCCAUUACAUGAAGAACUUUGAAGUGGGACACGUUCCUCUUAGACUAGCUAAAUCAAAGCAGUUACUGAACACCAUCAAUAAGAACUUCAGCACGCUGGCCUUCUGUAGAAGAUGGCUGGAUAGACUGGGGGAGACCAAGUAUCUCAUGGCAUUGAAGAACCUCUGUGAUGCAGGCAUCGUCGACCCGUACCCACCGCUCUGUGACGUGAAAGGCUGCUACACUGCACAAUAUGAACACACCAUCUUGCUGAGACCCACUUGUAAGGAAGUGAUUAGCAGGGGAGAGGAUUACUAACUCUGCUAAAGUUCUACUAUGAUGAUCCUUAGAUUGAAGUAGUGGUGAUUAUAAUCCAACCCUUUAAAAGGAUACAGUGCACAUUAGACUUUGUAUAUUGCAGAAAAAAAUCCUGGAAAUGUCAACUGUUCCCUUUAUCAAUAACUUAUAUCCCAUCCAGAACUAUGGAGAAAAUUAUAGAUUAUCAAGAAAACUUUUUUUGAGUUUUUAAAUUUGGAACAACUAAUUUUUAGCUGAUGUAAUCUAAUGAGUAUGCCUUUAAGAUUACAGCAGAGCAGACAUCAGCUUUUUCUGAGGAAUUGCAGAAUUCUGAGAUUUUAAAUUCAAAUUCUAAUGGGGGCCUAAGGACCUCCACCCAACUAAUUACUAGUGUUAGGUCCCCAUAAAAAUGUAAAAGAAAAAGAAAACGGGAUCAUGUCUGCAAAAGUCUAGUUUUAAGCAGUCUAACUCGGCCUCCUGUAAAUAGAUCCGACUUUUUUUUUUUUUGGGGGGGGGGGGGUCAAAAGAGAGAGAGUAGUAUCAUUUUGAUAAAUAUGCUGCUGUAACACUUGUAAUCAGAUUAAGGAGGGAAAACAGUGGAUCAAAUGAAUGCAGAAGUGGAUCAUUCUGAUGGGCUGUCCUGCAGUUCAUAAUAAUUGGAUACAUUGUAUCGGGGACACUAUAACAUUGUUACAGCAUGGGUGACAGCAAAUGAAGUCUGCAAAUGGUAAAUAAGAACUGUUCAAUACAUUAUUUGAUUUAUAUACUCCAGAUAAUAACUUGAUCAUGGUAGGUGAUAGUGAAUUAUGGAAUGUGAAAGACAUUUUGCAUUGUUGUUUAUAUCUAGGUGUUGAUGAAAUAUGGCUUUCUGUUAACAUUUGAAUAGAUGUGGAUGUAAGGUGGAGAAAAAUAUACAUCACCAUGUUAAUAUUACAGUAAUAAAAAGUACUUGUAAUAAUACAAAAUU